AAUAUGGCACAGUAUCAACUAUAUUCAUCCGCUAAUGAAGCAGCGUCCGUCACCCGUUGUCCGGUAGAUUGUCGAAUUCCUGAGUAUGGUUCUGAAGCCCCACAACCAACAUACAAUCAAAACAGUGCUACCCCGUUCACAAUUGAUUAUUCAUAUUUCAUAAAUGACAUUUCGUCUAAACGACAGCCGUCUCAACUUCGAGAAAUCACAAGGAUAUUAGAGAAACUACCACCAAACUGCAUAAAAUUAGGAGUAGGAGUACCAAACGUACUAACCUUUCCAUUCAAGAAGAUGAGUGUGGAAAUAAUUACCGGCGAGAAAAUUAAACUUCAAGGUCAAGAACUAUCUGAUGCUUUGCAAUAUCUGCCUUCGAUUGGGUAUCGACCUUUGAUAAAGAUAUUGGAAGAAAUACAAGAAAGGUUUCAUGGACCUCAAUAUUGGGAUAAAAGAAGUAUCGUUAUGACAUCUGGAGCACAAGAAGGAUUAUCCAAGGCCGUAGACAUGUGCAUGCGUUGCAACGACCCAGUGAUUAUGCCUGAUCCUGUUUACACAGGAGCCGUUGACUUGUUUAAACCAUAUGAUGCCGAAAUUAUACCGAUAGUACAAGAUUCUUGUGGUAUAGUUGUGGAAGAAAUUGAGAAAGUGUUAGCUGAAAGAAAAAGAAAAAUGAAGCCUAUACCCAAAGUUAGUCUGUUAUGUUAA